CCAAAAAAACCUAUAAAAACAGCAUUUGAGCAUUGUACUCUAAUCAAAUAUAAACUUGAGCUUUAAUUUAAAAUGUCAAGCAAAACCUCCUACAAGUAUUGUAUCAUUCUAACAUUACUAUUAUGUUGCUGUCUUCAUGAUUUCUGCAUAGCAGGAAGUAAUGAAACAGACAGGUUAGCAUUACUUGAAAUCAAAGCCAAAAUAAGUAAUGACCCGCUUGGUGUAUUGAGCACCCGAUCCUGGAACAGAAGUGUUCACUUUUGCCAGUGGUAUGGCGUUUCAUGUGCUCCUCGACACCCUCGAGUUAUCAGUCUCAAACUAACCUCCUCAAAACUCUCGGGUUUCCUAUCCCCAUUUGUCGGAAACUUAAGCUUCUUAAACACAUUAGACUUAAACCAUAACAAUUUUUUUGGCACAAUUCCUCUUGAACUAGGCCGGUUAAACAGAUUACAGGUUCUUUGGCUCCAUUACAAUGCCUUUGAAGGUCACAUCCCUCCAAGCAUUUCAGCUUGUACUAGCCUCAUCGACAUUGCACUCGACAAUAAUAGGUUAGUUGGAGAAAUCCCAUCUCAAUUUAGUUCCCUCUUAAACAUACAAUUUCUUUCACUGUCCCAAAACAAUUUGAUUGGCAAAAUCCCUUCAUGGGUCGGGAACUUUUCAUCCCUAAUAGGAUUGUAUAUACUAGAAAAUAACUUAGUUGGGGAUAUCCCUGAAAGCUUAGGCAAGCUAGAAUCUUUAAAGGUUCUUGCAGUUCCUGGAAAUAGGUUGUCUGGCCUGGUCCCACCCUCAAUAUUUAACCUCACAUCUUUAAGUCAAUUUGAUGUAGGAGGGAAUCUAUUGGAGGGUACCCUUCCUUCAAAUUUGGGUACCUCACUUCCAUAUCUAUCUUGGUUUGAUAUUACCUCUAACAAGUUUAAUGGGUUCCUUCCAAAUUCGAUAUCGAAUUCCUCCAACUUACAAGUCCUUGAGUUAAGCUCUAACCAUUUUCAAGGACAUGUUCCUUCUCUAAACAAGUUAGUAAAUCUUCAAGUGUUAGAAAUAUUUGACAACUCAUUUAUGGGUGAUUUAACCUUCAUUUCUACUUUGGCUAAUUCCACUAAUUUGAAAAUGCUUGAAAUAUUUAAUAAUAAUUUUAGAGGGAAAUUCCCAAGUAUUAUUUGUAAUUUCUCAAUGCUUAUAGAUUUACAAAUGGGUGGUAAUUACAUAGAUGGAGAAAUACCAUCUUGUAUAGAAAACCUUGUACACUUGGACACAUUUACUGCUGAUAAUAAUCAACUUCAUGGGGUCAUCCCAGAAGGGAUAGGUAAACUUGUAAAUCUUUCCCUAUUAGGCUUAAAUGAUAAUCAAUUAUCAGGAAAUAUACCAUCUUCUAUUGGGAAUAUAUCAAUGUUGGCUAAUCUUAUCUUGUAUGAGAAUAAGCUUGAAGGGCAUAUACCCUUAACUCUUGAGAAUUGUAGGUAUUUGCUUAAUUUGUCUAUAUCUAACAACAAUUUAAGUGGGAAGUUACCCACACAACUUUUCAAUAUUAUCUCCUUGUAUGCAAUGGAUUUAUCAAAUAACCACUUGAUGGGUUCUAUCCCUGAAGAAAUAGGCCAGCUUAAGAAUCUUGUUUUUUUCGAUGUUUCUGUAAACAACUUCUCGGGUGUAAUACCGAACAGUCUUGGGGAUUGUUUAGGGUUAGUUUCCUUGUCCAUGAAGAAGAAUUAUCUCCAAGGUAGCAUUCCCGAUGGGUUGAAGGCAUUGAAGAGUCUUAAAAAGUUAGACUUAUCACAAAACAAUUUAUCAGGUGAAAUUCCUGGAUUUUUAGCGAGCCUUCCAUUACAAAUGCUAAAUAUAUCAUUUAAUAUUGACCUUGAAGGCGAAAUACCCCAAGGAGGAAUCUUUUCCAAUUCAAGUGGUUUUUCAUUAUUUGGAAAUGCUAGACUUUGUGGAGGCGUAAUAGAGUUGAAGUUGCGCGAGUGCAAAUUCAAGACGCACUCAAAAAAGCGAGUAGGCCAUAAAGGAAGAACUAUAAUGGCUGUUCUUUUUGGUGUUCUAGGAGUUGUUUUGAUGGUGGCGUUACUUGUCUCACUAUAUUGCCUUCAUUACAGAAAGACAAAGAAGCAACACACGCCUUCUGAUGAUCAUUUAGAAAACUAUCCAAAUUUAUCUUACAAUUCCCUUCUUAAAGCCACAAAUGGGUUUUCAGCUGAAAAUUUGCUUGGUAGAGGUACCUUUGGGGUGGUUUACAAAGGAACCCUUGAUGAUCAAGAUACGUCGAUUAUUGCAAUCAAGAUGUUUAACCUUGAGCAAGGUGGUGCAUCUAAGAGCUUUUUAGCCGAAUGUGGCAUCCUCCGAAACAUUAGACAUCGAAAUUUAGUCAAGGUUAUAACUGUAUGCUCAAGUAUUGAUCAUCAAGGGACUGAUUUCAAGGCUAUGGUUUAUGAAUACAUGGUGAAUGGAAGUUUGGAAGAAUGGUUACAUCCAAAGACAAAUGACACAACUCCAAACAUAAACAAUGCACCAAGACACUUAAAUCUUCGACAUAGACUUGAUGUUAUAGUCGAUGUUGCUAGCGCCUUGGAGUAUCUUCAUUAUCAUUGCGGCACACCUAUAGUUCAUUGUGAUCUCAAGCCCAGCAAUGUGCUUCUAGAUAAAGAAAUGGUUGCGCGCGUGAGUGACUUUGGAUUGGCUAAAUUUCUCUUAAAGAACAGUGACAACUCUCAUACAAAUCAACCUUCUAGCUCUCUAGGAGUUCGAGGAACAAUUGGUUACACUCCUCCAGAAUAUGGAGUGGGAAAUGAGUUGUCUACAAAAGGAGAUGUGUAUAGUUUUGGGAUCAUGCUACUAGAGAUGUUCACAGGAAAGAAGCCUACAAAUCAUAUGUUCUGUGGAGGCAUAAGCCUUCAUGACUACGUGAAACAAGCCUUACCUGGACCAGUGUUAGAUAUCUUAGACCAUGAUCUGCUUCAAGAUUUAGAUGAAGAAGAUAUCAACAGAAAAAGAGUGUUAUUAGAGGGUCUAAUUUCUAUUCUUGAAAUUGCAAUUACUUGCUCUUCUCAGCUUCCUAAUGAAAGAUCAGACAUGCGUGAUGUCUCUAAAAUGUUAUCUUCAAUUAGAAACACUCUCCUUAAUCCCAAUUAUCGCAUACAAGAAGGUAUUAAUUAGUUUGUUUAAAAAAAAGGAAAAAUAUAUAGUUGAAAUAAUAAAAUUGUUUUUUUUCUUAAGAAUUGAUGUGGUGCUGAGAUGAUAUGCCCUCAACAAUUUCACUUUAAUGUUACAUGCUAAUUGUAUAAGAAUUGCCCUAUUGUUUGUACUUUUUCAUAUC